UGUCUCCCAGGUAACGUCAUCUACUACAACUACCGUGUCCCCGAGGGAGAGAGACAUGACUCCGCUAUCAAGAGGAACAAGGAGAACCUGGCCACUGAAAUCAAACUGUGGGAGGGAUACUUUCAGAAGGUGGAGGUGGGUUCUUACCUGUCAGGAAAAGCCUUCUCAUUGGCUGACGUUAUUGUCUUCCCUGUGAUUGCCUACGCCUUCCGCUUUGGGCUGUCUACGGAGCGUUACCCCAAACUGGGAGCGUACUACGACAUGGUGAAGGACAGACCCAGUGUUAAAGCUACCUGGCCCCCACACUGGCUGGAAAACCCUCAGGGAGGGGACACUCUCAAGGAGUUCUGAGACUCACAGGAACACACAACACGUUUAUCUGAAGGAUGAUGGGCACUUCCUCCUAUAUCACUGUUGUAACCGCGGGAAACGCAUGCUUUAAAUGCGGGUUUCCUCAGAUGAGUAUUAGUCAAGUAGUUUUCUACCAAGUGAACACAAUUUUUAUUUUUUUCCUUUCUGGUGUUUUUGUAACAUGAUUUUUUUUCCAUAUAAUGUCUCUAUUUUGUGUACAGAACCACAUACCUGGUGUAGAAUGAAUUAAAAUCAUACCAAACACUG